AUGUUGUGCCCGAUCCAGGAACCCACGGCUGGACAUGGCGGUGUGAAAGCCGCCGAGGCUGGAUCGCCGCCCAAUUUGGCAGGCGAGGGGGGCGCAACGGCCGCUCAUGCGCCGUCGAUUACCCCGGCGUGCUCGAAAAAAAGGCAGACGAUUGCGGAAGUUGAAUUUGGCUCUCUGCGAGGAUGGCUCAAAAAGAACAACUCGCCUACAGAGUUCCCCCGCAGCUGCGCCCCGGAUUGGGGUCUCUGGCAACUCGCCAGCCAUCCACCUUCUCUCACCACCAUCUCAUCCUCUCUUUCGUUCUCGAUGGCCCGACUCGCCCCUACACUGCUUCUCGCAGCUAUCAGCGCUGCAGCGGUGGCUGCACAGGCCGCACCACCACUCACCACCAACAAUGCGCAGAGUGCGUGUGUGCAGUUUGGCUCGUGCUCCACCGCGGGCGGCAACGGCGUCGUGACCGAGACGCAGAACUCGCCCGUCACGCAGCCGGCAGGAACACCCGCACUGGCAACGUACACCACGCUCGACUCGGCCUACAUCUCAUCGCUCGCUGCUGCAGGUGCCAGCUCGGCAUACGCAGCACUUGGUGGGAAUGGUGGUGCAAGCUCAGCGGUGCCACGUACGGUGACUACUUCGGCGAGGGGACGCGCUACAAGCACCGCUGCCGGUUCAGCUGCUUCGUCGUCCGGAUCAAUGGGCCUCGGUAGUCUAGGAUCUUCGAACGCUGCCGUCGCAAUGUCGGCAAACUCGGCCGCUUUGCAGAUGCUCGCACUCGCCGCUGCCGCCGUCCUCGGCGCUGCCAUGCUACUCUGA